GCUGAAGUUCAGGAAGUAGUGCAGCUGGGCAUAAAGACAAUUGAGUUUCAAUUUCAACAAACCACCAUCAUUGCGAUCAGUGUUUGCAUUUCUUCAGCGCAUUUGCAUUUAAAAGGACACACUCAAAAAUGGCACAUAUUUCCUACAAAGUGGUAAUUUUAACAUGUUAUAAUAAAUUAUUUGUGGGAGUAUUUGAGCUAAAACUUCGCGUAUGCACUCUGGGGACACCAAAGACUUAUUUUAUAUCUUAAAAAUGUCUCAUGAUAUGUCCCCUUUAAAUAAAAUCUUUUCCUGACGGGUCGUUUCCAUGUUUUUUAGAGCUUGACAGAUAAAGUCAUCAUAAGAAAUAUUAUAACAUGUUACAAUAAGGUUUUAUUCAUUAACUUUAGUUAUCGCAAUUACUAACAUUAACAAUCAAGUAAUAUUUAUUUACAAAGCACUCUUUUUACAACGUUUUAUUGCUUAAAAGCAGCUAUACAAGAAAGAUGAAAUGUAAGAAAAACACAAAAAAUUGGGAAAUUAAAAAUAUUAUAUUUAUAAUAGAAUAUAUGGCAUUAUUGCAAAAAUUGUUGUCGUCAUAGAUUAUAGUCUAAUUAAAAGGUAUAUGCUUUUUAAUUGACUAUCAAACAUUGAGGGUUGGUUUCCCAGACAGGGAUUAGCUUAAACCAGGAGUAGGCCUUAAUUAAAUUAGGAUAUUUAAGUCAUUUUUAAAAGCAUAAUUUAUAAAUAAACACAACUGGUGUCCAUCUUGAGACACAACAGUCGCACUUAUAUAUUUUAAGAUUUUGUCAGAGCAAGUUGUUUUUGAUCAAGACAACACUAACAUUAAGUUAGUCUGGGACUAGGCUUAAGCCCUGCCUGGGAAACCGCCCCGUAAUUAAUUAAUAUUGACAUUUAUUAAUAAUGAGCAAAAGCAUUUAUUAAUCGUUGUUAACCUUAUCUAAUAUAAUCACUUUUAUUGUUGUUUGUUCAUGUUACUUAAUUGUGCAUUAACUAAUGUUAACAGAUUCAGCUUUUGAAGUUAAUGAAUGCUGUAUUGUUCAUUGUUAAUUCAUGUUAAUUAAUUUUGUAAAGAAGUAAAACCUUAUUGUAAAGUUUUACUUCAUAAUGAUACAGAAAUCUGUGUGAAUGUCUUUUAGAAAAUCAAUUUCUAGUUUUGUGUUUCAUAGUAAAAAAGUGCAUGUGGAGUUGAAAUGACAUUAGGUUGAGUAAAUAAUGUAUUGUGAAUUAUGCAUAGAGUUCAAGCAAACAACACCUCAGCCCUUCAUCUGUUCAUUUACCAAAACCUGAGUACUAGGAAAACAGCCAGCUGAUCAAAUUCUCAAAGGCUGUGUGCUUGUUUCUCCAUGCACCAAUAAACCCCACCCCAACAGGAACUUCAAUGGGCCCAUUGGCUCUUGGUUGUAGGAAAGAAAGGCAUAAGCCAAUAAAGAAGAGGCAAACAUGUGGUGCUCUGCUCCAACCCAAUAUCCUGCAGCAUACAUGCGCUUUCACCACAAGUCCAUACACUUACACACAGACUAGUUUGUACUGAAGUACAUACAGAUGAGCUGAAGAUUUGAGACCUUUGGCUUCAUACAGAUGCAAUGAGAAGCUCGUAGUAGUGUAAGAGGAAGCAGCGUUACGCACGGGCACAUUUUCACUUCUUAUUUGUGUGUUUUUACUUCGUGCGCUUUUACGCACUAGAUGCAACACUAACUUCAGCUGUACUGUAUGUGCCAAAGAUCCGCAGCUGGGAUGGAAUGAAUAAAGAAGAUUUUUAUCUCGCUAUUAUAAACAUAUCGAUCCUUCAUCAUCAUCAGAUGCUGUAGACAUGAAGCAGAUUGUUAAAUCCACAAGGACACCAACAGAGUCUCACCUCAUGACCGGAGGAAGAGCACGAUCAGCCGGUCGACAGACGACUUUAUUGGACGACCUACCUGAGAAGUACCUAAGUGGUCAGUGGCCACGUGAGCCACACCAACCCCGGCCCUCUUCUACGAGCGAUAAAGCCACACAGACACCUGGCUUUUGGAGUUACGACGGAGGAGAGGUGAACAUGCACAAGCGCUCGGCAUCAUGGGGCAACGCUGACCAUCUCAUAGAGAUCGCUAAACUUCGGCAGCAGCUACAGCUCAGUUUGAAGGGAAGUCGCACUAUGAAGGAAAAGGAAGAUGUAACAUCCACACAACUCAAUCAAACACAGCCAAAGCCUGUCUCAGCAUCUUCAUCUCAUCCCAUCCAUUCACGGCCUCUCAUACGCAGAAUUCCCAGUUAUAGUGACUGUAUUAACCAGGAGUUAGAGAGUGUGUUUAUCUGUCAAAACUCGGAGAGGACAAAAGAGAAGGCUUUAGAGGUGCGAGAUGGUGGCCGUGCUCCUGUUCCACCUCCUCAUCACAGUGAUCUUCAGACUCACAGCAUGGAGGCACAGAUCUCCUCUCCCGCUCUAGAUAUUGAAAAAGAUAACAGAACCAGUUCACCUGUUCCCCGGCUCACCUGCUCUCCCAAACCUAACCACAGUUUCACCUUUAAGCGUGAGCCUCCUGAGGGGUGUGAGAAAGUCAAAGUGUUUGAAGAUAUUGUGACACAUGGCUUUCCAAUCUUCUCCUGCCCCGACAGAAACAAGGUGAACUUCUCUCCAAGCGGCUCAGCCUUCUGUCCCGUCAAGCUGCUGUGUUCAUCGUUUUUCCCAGCAGAACGUGCUGCUCGUCCCAGUUCUCUGGAAAAUCUCACAGGACAAAUGUCCGGAUCGGAGGCCACGGCACUAAACGGCUUCCAUCCCGUACCGUCCGAACGCUGUAGUAUUACAAAGUGCCUGCUGCUCAGUUAGCCAAUCGGAGCUAAGAAACGAAUCUACCAUAAGCUGUUGGAAACAACCCAGAAAAGACUUUCUAGUUUGAAAGGGUUGCACAAAAGGAUCCAGAUUAUUUCACCUGUGUGCUUUCUAGUCAUUUUGCUGGAAUUCACAAACCUAUACUUAUACAGUACCAUCUUACUAACCUGUUUAUAGGAAGUAGACGUAUAUGGGCGGUUUCUCAGACAGGGCUUAUCUUGCAUGUCUUAAUUUCAAAACAUCUCGCACUGACAUAUCUAAACGUAUAUCAGUGCCAUUGUUUGGUCUUAAGAUGCACACCAGUAAUGUUUUCUGUAAGGUAUGUACUUGAAUGUCCUAAUAUAACCAAGGCCUAGUCCUGGAUUAAUCUAUAACCUGUCUGGAAAACCGCACCAUGAUGUAAAAGGAAUAGCUGACAAACUACGGUUAUCAAAUAGCCAAAAAAUAUAAUGCAUUAAACAUAAUUCAGGUUUAACUUCCAGUAGGGCUGUGAGAUAUAUCAAUAUAUUUUAUUCAAAUAAUUGAUAUUUUUCAGCUUUCUGAUGAUAUUUAAUGCAUUUGAUAUGCAUUCAUCUUUGAAUUGGUGUAAACAUUUUUUGUAAGUUGACUGUCAUUUUAACCAAACAGUUGUUAUUGGCAAGUCAAGAAAAAAAUAAACUACAGUAAAUAUCACGACAAAUAUAUUUGUAAAAGUUCGAUAUAUCAUUCAUCCCUUUUUCUUUUUCAUGUGACGCUGUUCAUGUUUCAAUACAACUCCUGGAUCCUUACGUUAAAGUGUCCUUAUUAAAUAAUAAUAUUUGCAUAUAUUUA